AUGGACUUUGGAAACUUUGAUCUUGACAAUUCUGGAGGCACAUUCAAGCCUAAUUUUGGCCUGGAAAAUAAUAUAUGCAACAACAAUCAAACUAUUGACAAUUCCGGUGACUUCUUCUCUUUUAUCGAUGCAUCAACAGAUAAUGUCAAUCACUGCCAAGCAACUCAAUCCGGGAAUUCCACACAUCAACAAAAUGAGAUUGGCUAUAACAUUCCACAACUCACUCCUGACGGGCGGGAAGAUGCCUACACAAGCAGUAGUGUGCUAACUGGUUAUAAUCCAGAAUACGCCAUGUCACCUUUGCAAAUAGCAACCCAAUCUUCAUCCGCACCUUUAUUGCCCGUUUAUCAUACACCAUUAGGCCGCACAACUUUAAAUGGUCUAGAAGAUUACGGAGACGAAGAGGAAUUCUUCACUCCCUUGGUGUCACCAGCUAUGCUACCGACAUAUAAUUCACACACACAGAUGAGAGUUCAAGAAAACACUGUGUUUUCCCCCCUUACAUCUCCUGCCCUUCACCCUUCGUCGCAGCAUGCAUUUGCAAUGAACUCAGACGGGCAUUUCCACCGGCCGUCAUCCGAGAGUUUGUUGCAGCAAAAGUUGGCGCAGAUUGAACAGCAACAACAACAAUUGAGAUCCGCUCAUCAACAGCAAACACAGGGUCAAGGAUCCAAUCUGGCAGCCUACCCAAGUCCACGCGCUUCAUUUACGCACGAAUCCCCCAGCAUAAGACCAAUACCUGCAAAAACACAGUCUUUACGCCGAAAGAUUGCACUUUCGAGUCCACAGAUUAAUGCCACAAAUACUAUCCAAUCUCCUCAUCUCCAUCCUGUUAGUCAUAAUCAACAGGAGCAUAUCCCCUACUCCGCCAGCGCCUAUUCACCGAGACUCAAUCCUCAGCCAAGCAAGGAAGCAAGUUUUAUAGCCCCAGCAACACCUUCACUGCUGAUGCGCCUCGGAGGAGGCAGUAACUUGUCCUCUGGAAUUACCUCUAACACACCCACCUCUGCAGUCGAUAACAUGCCGUCCUUACCUGCACCUCUCCUUGAAGAUUCGGUCAAGAAAGCUACUAAACGCAGGCGAAUCUCUGAAGCGACCUCAUUUUCAUGUUCUCCUCGCCAGACUGCGACGGACUCCUCAACUCUAUCCCCAAUGGGCCUUCGUCCUCAACUGGUAACAGCUUCCCCACGGGCACUCAAGCCGUUAAUAUCUCCAUCUCUUCAGCCCAACGGUAAACGCAUGAGCCUUAUAGACGAAGAGGCUGCUGUUGCAUUGCUCGCUACAAAGAGUAAUUAUAUGCAUCUCAAAGAAGGCAAGGCCAAGAGUCUAGGUAUUGAAUUCUCUACGAAUAUCCAAUCUGGAAUCGAAAAUAGGCGCACGGCCCACAAGGCAGCGGAGCAAAAGCGACGAGACACAUUGAAGCAGAGCUUUGAUUCGCUCCGAGAGGAGAUCGCAGAGGCCAUGGUCGAAGAAGAGAAAGUGGCUGAAGAAGAAGCACGCUAUCAAAAAGAGAAAGAAGUUAAACAAAUGAGCAAGGUUGUUCUUUUACAGCACUCGUAUGAGUAUAUUCUACGGUUGAAAAGUGAUAGUCGCCGGAAAGAUAACAAAAUGACAAGAUUACAAAAGGAAGUACAAGCAUUGCGGGCCAAGCUUGGACUUCCAGAAAAGACUGUUGAGGAGGAAGAGGAGGAGGAGAGGGAGAAGAUAGAAGAAGAAGAGAGAAGAGAGGCUAGAAGAAAGCGCUUAGAGAGUUUAACAAGUGAAGAUCAGGGUCAAACGGACGAGAGAUAG